GCGAAAGACCGUUUGUCUGUCAGGGUUGUGGUAAAGCUUAUAAAGCGAAGAGAAGUUUACAAUUACAUCAACUAACAUAUCAUCCAGAUCUGGUAGAGAAACAAAAACAGCAGACGUCGUUACGAGCCGAACAAAUCAUCCAUAAAACUCCCAUAAAUCCAGAUACCAACUCUUUAUUAUUGGAGGCGUUAAAAUCUCGGGCUAUUCACACAGACGACGUUCAGCCUCCUCAGGGUGAGAAGACAACUACCUCAGAUGAAACUGUUGCGGAAAGCGCUGCGAGUAAAAAAACAGACAAUAGUAUGAUGAUAGCCCUAUUAAACGCCGGACAGUUUAACAAUAAAACAGUGGUCAACGGGGUGGAGGAGAAGAAGACGGCGACCAGUAUGGACGACAUAUAUUCUGAUCGUGUGUGUAGGUUUUGUGGUAAAUAUUUUGGUAAACCCAGCGAGUUGAAAAGGCAUCAGUUGGUGCACACAGGAGAACGUCCCUACAAAUGUGAGUUAUGUGGUAAGGCCUUUAAGGCCAAAGGUAGCAUGUUGUAUCAUCAAAAGGCAGCCCACGAUGUCGAUAUAGAACUUAGCGAUGGACUAGAAGAGCGAUACCUCAAGUUAAAAAGUCGCGCAUUGAUGAAAUCGUUGUUCGUCAAAGAUCGGCUGCUAGAAAAAGAGCGAGCUAUAACUGCUGAACAUUCUCACAUUGAUUUAUUAAAUACCAAAGACAUUAAAAAAGAGAUCGAUUCUACAUUCCAGCUUUCAGCAAACAUUCACACCGACAAAUAUUUACGUGCGGGAUACGCCAGUCAAUUUAGUCCUGGAAUCGGACGACAGUUUUCUCACGGUAGUGACACGUCACCAAGUAACGAUAAGGGAAUGGAUUGCGAUGGCCCAGAACUAGGGAUGAAUGAACAUGGUGGAUAUAGACUCGAUCGAAUGACAAUCAAAAAUGAAACAGUUGUUGUUACACGUAUCGAUGGUGUAAACAAAGAAACGGGGAAAGAUACCUCCGUGUAUAAAUGCUACAUCUGUAAAAAACUUUUCCCGACUUUAAGCAAAAUCCAGUGUCACAUGUCCAUGCACUUUGACCUUGAACUUACAACCUAUCAAUGCCAAUCGUGUGACGAAUCUUUUGAUUCGAAAGUAAAGAUGAUGGAACACGCUAAAAUCCAUCAAACAGUCGAACCCGUCGUCAUGAGCGACGAAGACAUGGACAAUGAAUCAGAACACGAAAAGGAGAGUGUCGACGAGAACUCAAAUAACUCCACCCACCACAAAUUGACAAAUGAAAAUGGUCGUAAGAAAUUUUUUGUUAAUUAUAUGACCGGGUUGUAUGAAUGUCGAUAUUGUCGGAAAUCCUUUUCUCGGGAAUUUCUGCUUCAGAGACACGAAAAGAUUCACACGGGACAAAAAGGGAUUUAUUGUAAGGAGUGCGGUAAGGGCUUUACGGAACCCAUGACCUUACAUCAACAUCUGGAACAAUUUCACGGAAUUCCCAGUAAAUCGUCCGUUCUCGUUAUCCAGAAUAACCACGAAAAUUCCAACAGCAGCCACAAAUCACAAGAUGAAGGAAGGAAGAUUGAAAUGGAAAAAGGGAAGGAUGAAAUGAAAGGAGGGAAGGAUGAAAUGGAUAGAGUGAAGGAAGAAGUGAAAAGAGAGAAGGAUGAAAUGGAAAGAGAAGAGCAAAUUGACCUUGAUGAAAUUAAACAAGAGCCAACAGAAACUACCCAGGAAGACGAGAAAACCUCAAGUCAAACAGAGAAAGAACCUCAAAAACGUGAUUUUGAAACGGCCAGACAGUUGCUUGAAAAAGAGGGGUACCGGGAGGAAAUCACUGUCGUCAUGCCUGCAGAACCCCCAGCAGACCAACUUCAAGGGAAUACAUCAGAUUCAGGAAAUUCCAAUGCACCGUCAGAACAUUCUAUGUCUGACACCGAAAUAGAUGAUGGAGCAGAAAUCAAAAAGGCACCCAAAAGAUCGCUGAUGUCGUUUUGUAAAGAUGGUCCUCAAGCGAAGUCUCGACGAAAAGCUGCUCAGCCAACCAAAAUAGAGAACACAGAUGAUGAAGAUGCUAGCAGCGUUAAACUUGAAGUGAAGGAAGAAACCAUAGACGAUGUUGAACCAGCGAUGUCGAUCAGUUCAACUGCUGUUUUAGCGGCAGCAGCUUAUUCUACAAGCACCAUGGUUGCGCUUAAUCCUCUCUUAUUGGCAAGUUCUAUUGCCGCGGCAACAUCUAACCAUGGAGUCAACCGCUUCAUUCGUGCUCUGCCUGCUUCGGGACUCAUUGAAGACUCAGAUCAAACGAUUCCAGUAAGUCUGCCGAUCUCUAUACAGGUUCCGGGGGAAGGUCAGACAACUUCCAAGGCAUCACCUCCGAGCAUGACCUCCACUACGAGUAAAUCUUUCUCGUCUCCCGUGGAGCAAGAUGGGUUGUUUGGAUUCCCCCGAGUUCAGUGGAACCCUAAUUCAUCGAGUGAAAGUGGUGGAUCAAGUUCAGGGGGAUCAGGUUGUGAAGGGAAGGGGGGUAGAAGAACCAACUGGCAUCAUUCCACACCAGAAGAUUUGGCCGUUUCCACAGAUGGAAGAAAAGUUACAUCUCUUUCUAGAACACAUUCCAGACUACAUGUUGUGAAUCAGCCCGUUAAUCGCGAUAAUUUAUGUAAGCCGAUAGUUUUACCAGAUGGUCGUUAUGUCUACAGAUGUGACGUGUGCAGUAAGGACUUCCUGUCCUUCUCAGACGUAAACAGACACAUGGACUUUCAUGAAGAUAUUCGUCCGUAUAAAUGUGGUUUUUGUGAUUAUUAUGCUCGGACCAAUUCUCAACUUAAAGUUCAUAUGAUGAGGCACCAAGGUAUUCGUGAAUUCUGCUGUAAGCUAUGUAACUAUAAAGGUGUCACCCAAUCAGAUUUAAAUCGUCACACGAAAUCACAGAUACAUAUGUUGAAAGCUCGUAACGAAUGUCAACAUUGUGGCGAGGGUUUCGUUACAAAGAAUAACCUGGAUAAACACGUGGACAGUAACUGCUCAUUAAAAGGUCAUCCAUUGGGUAAAUUAUAAUCAAUAUUCACACGAUCGCGACCUUUGACCCAUUUCAUUUACAAUAUAGUCAGUUUCAUGUAUCCAAUUAUUAUGAUAUACAUUAGUCUGUUUCAUAUAUCCAGUUCAUUAUCCAUUUUAUAGCAAAGGUUGUAAUGAUAUGCAUCCAUAAUCAACAUAUAGUCUGUUUCAUAAUUCUGAUUUGUAAUCCAAAUCCAGGGUUUGUUUCAUAAUUCUGAUUUGUAAUCCAAAUCCAGGGUUUGUUUCAUAAUUCUGAUUUGUAAUCCAAAUCCUGGAUUUUAGUUUCUGUUGUAUUGGCCUGUUUUGACUGACUGGUAGUGAAACUGACCAGUUGGAGAAUAAACUUGUACUUAUCUAUUUACAAACAAUCUGAUUAAAACACAGAUCCUAUUUCGUUUCGUUUUUAAUAGUUCAAAAUUUUGUUUUGCUUGUCUGUACUACACUAGGAUCUGGAAGAGUUGUUUUAUUACCGACGUUCUGGUUGAAGUGAGGGAUUAGCCAAUGAAACGACGAGUUCUUGGCGUGCGAUGCAUGGAACUGUUGGUAAACCACCAGAAACGUCAACACUAAUUGAUUAAUCAAUGUCUGACGUCAUAAGGUCAAAAGCCCUCGUACGAUCCCUGAUGCAACCUUUCACUUCAACUGGUCAGAUCUUCAUGUAGUGUAGACGAUCGAAAGUAUAAAAA